GCCUGCUCCAACAAUCGCGUCACAGCCCACCCAAAGUCACCAGCUUCUCGUCGCAUAUCGCGCAACGCCAGCCUGAGACGUCUUCCUCAAUGACCCAACGGUAGCCACAGUGACAGCUCUAGAGAUAGUGAGAGAAUCUCUAGGAGCUAGAACAGAACGUCACCAAACCCCCAUCGCUCCAGUCCCCGCAACCGGCUGCUGCGCGCGCAAUGUUCGUGGUGAGUGAGCUUGCUUGCUCCCCUUUCCGAGGACGGUCGCGGACGACCAGAGUCAACACAUGCUAACUGCGAGAGCCCACGGCGCCAUAGACGAAGCAUCUUGCAGAGCUUUGCUCUCUGUUCAUCGACGAUGUGUAUGGGGAGCUACCCUCGCGCAUCUUCUCCAUCCUUCUCACUCGGGGCCGGUCCACUGUACAGCAGCUCGUCCAGUACACCUCAUUGACCCCUCGCCAAUUGCGCCACGGGCUGGCUGUCCUGAUACAACACAACUUGCUCUACUACUCGGCCGGAAGCGUGCCUACCACCUACGAAGCGAAUACCCCAGCUGCAUACAAUCUGAUCCGUGCCGGAAGGGUCUUGGAACUGGUUGGGUCUAUGCAUGGCGAAGCUGCCAAGGAUGUCAUCCAAAGUCUGAUGGUGCUGGGAAACACCAAGGUUGGAGACCUCAGGGACGCCUACGCCGCUAGAAUAGAAAGGCGCCAGGCGCCAGUCCACCCCACCGACGACGCAAAGAUGAACGGAAACAGCGAUCCCUUCGAUUCGUCCCACGAGGACGACCCUGUCGACUCUGCCACGCCCGACUCAUCACCUGUCGAAUCCGUUGACCAACUCAAUUCCAUCCUGCGCCGCCUGGUGGAGGACGAGCUCCUUGUCGUUGUGGGCGCAAAGAUGUUCCAAAGCUUCGACGAUAUCUACCGCGACGUGCAGGCUGAGGUGCAGAGGAAGGAAUUUGCCAGCGGUAUCAAGGGCACAAAGGAUAAGGAACGCUACCAAAAUUUGGUUGCGCAGCGCUUGUCUGAGAUCAGGGACGAAGGCAAAAAACUCAAGCGCAAGCUCGAGGCACAGCCCAUCGCGGCCAAGCGUCGCAAAGUUGGGAAUGGAGAUGUAGCCAACGGUGGCCACGAUAUCUACAGUGCUCCUCCGCUUGAUCCUGACGCGGUUCUACGUGUCAACCACGAAAAGUGUCUCGUGGAGCUGCGUAACCGGAGACUGACAGAAACGGUGGCUGAUGACAUCGGCGAAACCACCAGUCAGAUUUACGCCGUUCUACUCGGUCUACUCACGGCAAAGCUCUCCCGUUGUCGAAAUCAUCCCAUUAUUGAUGCGAACAAGGACGAAGAAGAUUCGGAUAACACCCGUUACGUGACAACCGACGAAGUGUUCGAUCAGUUGAGCCCUUCUCUUGAUGUCGGAUCUGGGAUUGGCAAGGUCGACGCAAGCGAGGUGGAUCCCCAGGGCGUGGAAAGGAUUCGCAGGCGGCACCCUCGCCCGAAGGAGCCAUAUAUCGACGACGACGACGACGACGACGACGACGACGACGACGACGACGACGAUGACGACGACGGCGGCCAGAACGGACACGAUGCUGCGAUCGAGUACGAUGAGGAACUGGAGAGACAUGCUCUCAAACAGCAAAGCGAAACACCAGCGCAGAACGAGGUGAAGGAGAGCAAGGUCAAAUUCAAGGACGCCAAGACUUCGGAGAGCCGGCUAUCGCUGAUGCGACAGCAUCUGUUGCUCCUAUGCGAGAGCUCACAUGGCUUUCUCCGCCACUGUGGGAACGGGCAGUGGACGGUGGAUUUCCGGCCCUUGAUCCGCAAGAUCCAGGAAAGCGAGCUCGACACGGUCAUCGAACGCAAAAUUGGGCGACACUCGCUGCGUCUCAUCCGCAUCCUCAGGAAGCGGGGCAAGGCGGACGAAAAGUCGCUACCGAUGCAGGCUAUGAUGGCCAAGGGGACUGUGCACAAAAUCAUGCUAGAAAUGCAGAUGCAUGGGUUCGUGGACGUACAGGAGGUGCCCAAGGACAACACGCGCAAUGCAAAGUCUACCAUUUUCCUAUGGUUCUGCGUCACGGACCUCUCGCUCACCCAGCUGCUGGACAACACGUACAAAACGAUGCUCCGCUGCCUCCAGGUGCGAGACGUGCACAGGCAAAACGCGCGGGAGGUUUUAAGGUUCGUUGGGAGGGCGGACGUCAAGGGCCGGGAGAAGGAGGCGCUGGAGAAGAAGUAUUUUGACCGGUACGAUCGGUAUCGGAGCAUCGAAGACAAGAUGCUGGGCCACGUGAUGCGGCUCGACGAUCUAGUUGGUGUUCUCAACGACUAUUAGACCCGGAAAGGGCCACGGGGAUGAGGCAUGGUAUCAAGACGACAAAGAUUGGGUCACUGCGCCGCGUUGUAUUAUAUUGUUCUCUAGCCAUUUUACCCCUCGCAAGGUCUCGCGGCCCGCGGGAACCUGCAUCGGCUUGGCAGGGGUGGGGAGAUCUGUACAUAUCUGGCACUAACUAAUUCGUGAUAUCGUGGGACAGUCAAAAGCCCAACGCCUCAUGCUGUCUUGAACAUCCACUUCUCCUUGCACUCGGUACAACCUGGAAGCCUGGGGGAAGUUGUCGGG